ACUAAUGAGAACUGGGAAUAAGAUUAGUUUGAAUUUCUCCUACCUUAGUGCUCCCGGAAAUGAAGACGCGUGGUUCCGGUUGAAUGUCAAACCGCUGGUAUGAAAUAUAUCAUCACUUCUGUGCUUGGCGCGUUUGUUUUUAUGUAAAUAUAUUACUCGAGAUGAGAUUGUCACUGUGAUUUGCUUUGAGAGGGGUAAUUAGGCGCAAUGAGUGAUUCAGAGGACUAUACUCUUUUGGAUGAUAUAAAAGCUUUGGAAAAUGCAUUGGCAGAAAAGAAUCAGUCACCGUCGACCUCAACAAGUACAACGACGGAAUACGUUUUGUCUAACCUUUGUGAGAAAAGUAAUUCUGUUACUAUAACACAAGAGACACAAGAUGAUUCUGCCUCGAACAGUUCGUUCUGUGUUAACGAAAAUUGUCUUGACAUUCAAAAAUUGAAUUCAUUGGAUGAUCUUCAAGCAGCACUUCUUCUUAACAAGCACUUGAUUACCUGUUUGCAAACUACAAAAAUGAAGUUUACGACUCUACUUGAGGAAUGUCGAAAAAGGAAACAAUAUGUUGAGCAGAAAAUUUUGCAGAUUGGAAAGUCCACUUCUACUUCAAAAGUCACAUUCUGUAAUGCUGGCAUGCCAUACUUCAAAGACAAGGAUCGUUUCGUUGCACCGAUGAAUGAAGAUGCCAAGAAAAAGAAAGCGUCUGGUGAGUUACAGAUUGUUCAUCUUCCCAUUGUUUGCCGAUGGACUCCUAAAGAUAGGCAUAUUCUUAUCAAUGCAAUCAAACAAGAGGCUAUAACAGAUGUUUUAAAUAACAAAAAGCUACCAGGCAAAAGAAAAGUUUCUCAUCGUAAGAUGACCAGUGCACAAAGAAUAGCAGAAGAAAGGGCAAAUUUGUUGCCUAAAUGUUUUCAGGACACUGUUGGACCUUUGGGUGCUAGAGAAUUUGACUGGUUGAAAAUUGCUGCAACUGAUUUUGAAGGUAGGCACUCAGCUGAAGAGUGUCGUGUAAUGUGGAAUAUAUUCUUACAUCCUGAUAUCAAUAAGACAAAAUGGUCUAAGGUGGAAGACGCACAUUUGAAGCAACUUGCUGAGCAGAAUAAAUAUGAAAACUGGGAUGAGAUUGCAUUGAAAUUAAAAACUCGGAGAUCAGGCUACCAAUGUUUCAUUAGGUUCAACACUACCAACCGUCAAUUUGGAUUUAAGGGAUGUCAGUGGAAAAAGGAAGAGGAUCAAAGACUUGUGGAUGCUGUAAAUAAGCUAAGGCAUGGAGACUUUAUUCCUUGGGGUGAAGUUGCUAGUUGCAUGCAUAAUAGAACAAAGCAACAGGUAUACUUUCGGUGGACCUACAGUUUGGCACCACAUUUAAAAAAGGGUCGCUUCACAGCAACAGAAGACAAAAUCUUGAUGAAUGCUGUAGCAAAGUAUGGAAAGAACUUUGGAAAAAUAGUAGCUCUUUGCAUGCCUAACAGAACUACAGUUCAGCUUAGUGACCAUUACCAAACUCUAGUCGUGAGAGAAAGUGGGAACCAAAAUACUUGGAGUCUUGAGGAGGACGUACAACUUAUUAAACUUCAUGUACAAUAUGGUUCAGAUUGGGUAAAGAUUGCUAAGCACUUCCCCACAAAGACCAGAAUUCAUGUUAGACAUAGAUUUUCUGCUCUUCUUCGAUAUCAGAGGAAGAAUGUUUCCUUGAAAGAUAUUCCACGGACGUACCAAGGAAAUUUAUCUGCAACGGAAAUAUUUCCUCUAGAGAAGAAGAAAACUGAUGAAGAGAAUGUUGAAAUAGCUGAAGAUGAAAUAGAUAUUGACUCACAGCUUCUACUCUAUUUUAAAGAAAUAGCAUCUCCAUCGAAAUUUAAAGGAACGAGAAAGUCAUAUAGCUCAGAUGAAAUUAUGUUGAAAAUUCCAAAAUUGUAUAACAUCCUACAGAAUUUAAAUGCUAAUCUCGUUAUUCCUGAAUCUCUCCACACACAGUCUUUAUCUUUGAAAAAUAAACAAUUGCUGCUUGCCUUAAAGGUAUAUGGCGAAUCGAAAGCAACAAAAGGUGCAGAACGUUGUGAAAGCAUAAAAGCUAUACAGCAAAGGAUGUUUGGCAGUGAACACAACUCAGACACCUACAACCAUUUUGUACCACCAUUACCAUUCAAUAUGAUAUGCAAAACCAAAAAUGCAAUUCACCAGAAAACUUUAGAAUAUGAUUUAAACACUGAUCAACAAUUUUCUGCAGAAGUGAACAUGCAACUAGAAACUCCUGAAAAUGUAAUUUCUAUGAUAGGCAUUAAUUCGCAUCUGGAGUUUGAAAAAGUUACUCGGAUCUUAAUUGGAUUAAGUAGAAAAAUAGAGAAACAAACUGUCAUCAAAAAAAUUUACAUUCUACCUCCACAGAAAAAGGUUAAUAAUUCGCAUGGUACAAAAAGACAUGUAGCAAAUUGCAGUAAAGAUGGUGGGAAGAAGCUCCAAAUAAUGUCAUUUCCUCCCAAGGAUCCUAGCACUUCUGGUAUUGCAGUUGAAUCAAGUACAAAGAAUGUAAGUCAAUCAGAUGAAGCACCAUGGCCACGAAUGUUUCAGGAAACAUUGCCACCAUCAGGUUACUCAAUAUUGGAACCAAAUUAUUCAACAAUAUUUGGAUUUCGCAAUAUACUUUCAUCAAAACAAAUGUCAAACAUAAACGACAAAGCUGUAGACAAACAAAGAAACAGACUCAAAUAUCAACCGGAUGGACAUAAAGCUUUCGAGCUGCUGAGGCAACGGCUUUUAAAGUUGUUCAAAAUUCCAGUAGGCAUGUCGCAAAUUCUGCCACCAGAAAUACACGGUGGAGAGAAAAUAUUUUUGUCUUACGCAGAAAAUGUGCUGAAAAGUAAGUUAAAAAGUAAAAGUAAAAAAGUCGUUCCUAAAAAACCAGGUACAACCGAAAAGGAAUCACGUGUUAAAAAGGAAAGAAUCGAUAAUCCAAGUGAAACUGUACACAGCUAAGAUAUAAUUGAUGAUUAGUAAUAAACAAUAACUAUAAAACAUCUGUGAUGUAGGACUGUUUCGGUCUAAUUAUAAGAAGUUCUCAGCAUUUUGUCUUAAGUAUCUACAAUAAACCAUAUUUCUACGACUUGUAAUUCGAACUUUGUACGAAAUAUCUGACUAAGGAUGUAAUACCUAAUAAAAGACAACCAAAUUGAUUUGA